AUGGGUUCUGCAGAAGACAAUUUCGGAUUAUUAUCUGCACCUUAUCCAGGAAAUAUUGAGUCUGCUCGCAUUGGUACGAAAAUUUUGUAUAAUUGGUAUAAAAUAGGCACCGAUAUUGAGCGUCUCGCUUUACGAAUUAGUCUCGCUGAAUCGGAUGCACAGUUCGAAAACAUUGUCCAAAAGUCAUUGGUCUAUUUAUUACACUGUUUGGCUAGGUAUGAAGAACACCGAAAAAAGCUCCUUGAACUUCUUGGUGAUGUAAUUCGUCGUCUAAAACGACAACAUAAUAUCCAGCUUCCCGUGAAUGACCUUUUUGUUGCCUAUAAUGCUCCUGAACCUUCAACUUACCUUGCAAACUUUUCGCACCUGUAUAUUCGCUUGGGGUUUCCCCGUUUGCCUCCUAAUGAACAAGUUUGUCUCCUCCCCGUUUUGUUUGCCUCCCUCACAGAAAAUAAACCCGUAGUUCAACGGGACGUCCUUUUGCACUUAACGCUCCCCAUCGUCGGUGGUGUACCAGCAGAUGUUCGAAAUCGCCAAGAAUUGGAACUCUACGAACUUCCUUUGCAGCGAAGAUACAUAAACGAAUUCUACUCUCUAGUUCUCCUUCUUCCAUAUCAUUUCGAAAGGCAUAUCCGAUUUGAUAAUCCUGGAGUUUUACUUCCCGAUGGAUUUAAUUCAUAUGAUUACAGUCGAGUAGCUCAUGAACGUUUUUCUCUCAUUCAGGAUAAAUCAAUGCUUGAAAAGUACAAAAUCUCCAUUGUGCAAUUCUACAGCCGCGGGUUUUUCCCUCCGGAUGAAAGUAUUCUCCCUUUGAUAUUUGCCGAUUGCGAUACAAUGCACUCGGUUAUUGCAGUCGCAAAUAAAGAAGUUCGAAUGCUGAGUGUACUUGUUGAUUGGGAGAAUGAGGCACUACUUUCUCGGAUUUUCGACUGGUAUCUCGGUCGACGAAGAGAGUUUGAUCCGAAGGGCUUGUCUGAGCCACGAGUUCCUCUAACUCCUGUUGUACGAAUGAAAUUAGGCAACUUCCUUCUCCAAUCCCGUUUAACUCUUCCAACAGUACUUGCAUCCGACUUGGUUGAAGCUGGGGUCGCUUGUCUGAAGUACGUUCUGAGUUUCCGACUGGCUACAAGAGGUGCCGGUAAUACGGCGAUUGCAGCCAUGCAGUAUCCACCUGUAGCUCAGCAGUCUCUGCAAACAACACAACAGCAAAACAUGUACUUGGGUGAUGUGAAACACAAUCAAAAUAUAUCACCGCCUUCACAGCAGAAACAGUUGCAGUCCCCUAUUGCUGCUGUUAGCCAAAAUUCAGCUUCCUCUCAGAACAAUACGGCUCCUGGGGCUCCCACGUGUAGUUUCCGUUCGGGGGCGAAUAUUCUUCGGCGUCUUGCCAAUCACGGUCUAGACUUAAUGUCUCAUCUUCUUGACAAUGCUACGUCGAUUCCAACAGAGGCAACCAUUCGUGCACUUGGAGGUCUUAUCGAAUUCGUCUACGAAAGCAACUCGGACGAACUUGUUCAGCCAAGAGCUCGUGGAUUCGAACUACUCUCGCGCUUCUUAUCUCGAGAACCCAAUUACCUCUUAAAGGAUCCCUCACAGCUACCUCGACUUUUUGAUGUUCUUUCUGAGGACAUAGAUGCAGACUUGAAGAUCGCUGCAGCUAACUGCCUCCGACGUCUAGCCUUCACUUUCCAAGAAGCUCAACGUCAAAAUUAUCCCGCUCUCCGGAAUCAACUGGCUAAAUUAGAGCGCCUUCUCUUUGACAAUAUGGAAAGACCGGAUCCUGUUAGUCGUUUGGUGGCCGUUCACUUUGCUGGAAUCAUCUAUCCUCCAGACCACAUUCCUACUCGGUACCUCAUUCUCCAAGCCUUGGGUGAUAAAGAUCCUAAAGUUCGAAAUGAGGCUCGAAUAGUUUUUUCAAUCUUCCUUGAUCCGCAAAUUGGCACUGAUAUUGUCUACGGACGCGUUAAAGUGCCUAAUUUUGUCGAUUUUGUCAUUAAUAACCCCUACAAGAAGAAUCUUGAUCUUGGUGUUGAAAGACUGACUCCAGUUGUGCAGUUUAUUCGCCUUUGUCUGCUGGCAGUAAAGGGUGGACUCACUUCAACUCAAGAAAAGGAGAUGAUAUAUGAAACAGACGACGAAAUCCGCUAUCGAAUCAAUCAAAACGUACGAUACCUGCUAUCUCUGUCCGAUCAAUCGUCAACUUCGCCGACUUCAUCAGGAAAGGGAGGUGCCGAGAGUGUCAUUGGAUCAACAGAUGCAAUCACUGUACCCAACCAGGACCAGGCACGUGAAAGUGUCCUGAGGUUCUUUCAUCUUAUUCAUCACGUCAUUUUCUCCAAGUGCCAAUCGUCUUGGGAUUGUGAGUUCAAUUUUCAGUUUGGUCUUCUAACUAUUUCUUCCGUACUUACAGUGCCAGAAUUUCCGAAUCUUAUGGAAGAGGUCGUAGUAAAUAAUGCGAAGGCCCUAAGAGAAGAAGGCAAAGAAAUCUUGAAUCUACUGAUGAAUUCUCUGCUUGGUACUGCACGGGGAGCCAAUUGUCGCCACGCCUGCGCCUCCAUUGUUGCUACUUUCACCGUGGAAAACCAGACUCAGGACGCUCUGCAAGUAGCUCUUGGAAUGUUGGAUAAGAUUCCUAAACCAAAUGGCAUUAAUACUGUCAAUGUGGAUAUCGAGGCAUCACAUCAAAUUCAGGGGAUGGUGCUUGGUGCCGCCUAUCUGCUAAAACAUCUCCAUGAUAAGUACUCCUCUCGAUCAAAUGGUGUAUUAGGUACUAAUAAUACAGCUGUUAAUAGUAAUGACCUUCCUUCUUGUGGAAAAUCAAAGAAAUCAAAGAAACAGGAUCAGAAGAAUAAGCAGCAACACUUGCAGGGCAAUCUAACUGAGGCCCUUGAAAAAUUCCUGAAAAUCGUAGACCCCUUUUUUGUCCGCCCGAUAUACUUGAUGGAUAAACCUCUUGGGGGUUAUAAGGACAAGGCAAAUCAACAGCAAGAUAAAGGUGACAAGGUAGUUGUUCGCUACGCCACUCCCACACUCGCCCAGAACACAGUUACGGCGCUCCUUGAAUCUCUCAUAGUUCUCGGCCAAGCAGGCUGUUUCGCUAACCUCCCCGCGGGUUCUUCUGUCCCUGAAAUCGACUCCACAGAUCCGUUGCCACCAUGUGGGGAGAGCAAGGCAAAUCUAGUGGCUCGUAUUGGCCUCUACCUCACUCUACCACCGUCUCCUGCUGUCAUCAAAGCAGCUGAGGCGGGAAGUGGAAAUAGCGCAAGUAGUAAUGAGGAUCUGUUACCACCCAUGCCGGGUCAUCAGUGUGUUUGGUUUGCUGCUCUCCGCACACUCGCUUUCCUAUGUACUGGUGAGCAACCUGAAAGUGAUACCAAUGUAUCUACUCAUCCGCAUCUUAUGUACAUUAUCGAAGCCAUGUCUAAAAUGGUGACUUUGAACGACCCAGCUCUACAGUUGGCUGUAGGCGGAGCGAUGGCAGAUGCUCUUUUGGGAGCUGCUUCGCCCUACAAGGGUCUCUGGUACGAGCGCACCUACCCCCAGUACGUUCCUCAGGCAGCGGCUGAGGCGGUGGCCAAUUCGCCGGCUGGCAAGUGGUUGUCCGAGCGCUUCACCACAGUCCUCACUCACAAACCCGGCCAGGUGAGACCGCCGCCCACUGCACUCGCUGUCGCCAUUUGGGCGCUCUCGAUGGCUCGACGAUUCACUCCACCACCAACCACUCUCUUCCCCCCACAACUCUUCAUAAAUCUACUUGCCGAAAAUCACGAAGCUUUACAGUGCAUGGCAGCCAGUAUACUAGGCCUGAUGUAUGAUCGCAGCGAUGAGACUACCCGUAAAACUUUAGUCGAUAGUUUAAAUAAGUCUAUCUUGGACUCUAAGCGGCCCAACCCGGUUUUCCGAGAACUCUGCCAUCUUGCUCAUCAAAUUGGCCGUGAAGAUAUGACCCUCUCACUUCUGGUCUUAGCCACUACCACCAACCCCUCAUCAACAUUCUCCAGUCCUAUCAGUCUUGACACCGCUUCAACAACAGGUAGCAAUUCCCUCGCUACUCAGUACAUAGCACUCUGCUCAAUGGCCUGUGUCGGUUUAGUUCGUCGUCUUGGACGUUCUCUCGCUCCCGCGCUGCCUCGCCUCGUCCCACGUAUCUUCAUUCGUCGUUACGAUAUGGCUAGGCCGAAGAUGCGUGCAGCUAUGCACAAGAUCUGGCUAGCGUUGAUUCUUUUUGCAACUCCAAAUGCUGCUAGCGCUGCAUCUUCUGCGAAUGCAGGCAGUAGUCUAGCAGCCGUGGCUUCUUCUGCCUGUUCCUCGACAACAGGACAGCCUGAGAAAUCCACUGCGUCGCCAACCAAUGUUGCUGCCACUUGGGAGAGUGGUAACCUCGCUACGAUAUCUGUUAACACCCUUGCUUCUGAGUUGAUUGACGCCAACUUCAAUGCUAUUCUUUGUGAAAUCAAAGCGAAAUUGGGACUGACCUCCACCACGAAAGCUACCAAAUCUCCCGCCUCACCGUCUUCCUCCUCAAGCAUAUCACCAGACCCUAAUUUGCGUGACGCCUGUUGCCAUGCUGUCGUGGCCCUCACUGAGCACCCGUCCGCCUACAAGCAAUUCGCCGCCCACUUGCCUUCACUCCUCUCUGGUCUACUUGCAAUUGUCGACGCAGAGAAGACUGAUGACGAUGCUGGUGUCGACGGUGGUACAAACACUAUAAAUGAUGUCGUUUUAAAACCCCCUUCUCCUGCUGAAAAAGCUGCCUCUGCUAUCCAGAAGCUGAUGAUUCGAGCAUUGGAUGACCCGUCCUGUCGAGAAGUGGCUACAGGUCUCCUGCCUCGUCUCCUCCCCAUUCUCAUUUCUCGGACAAUCUCUACAAACUUCUCUAUGGCUCCUCCUCACAGAGAUAUCUCAGAAUCGCACUCACUCAGUGUGGAUCUUUUGCUUGCCGUUUCGAGAUUGGCCAAUCCCGCUUCGCUUAAACAUGCGCUUCCGCAUUUGACCCUGGUGGGAUUGCACACUAUGGCGUAUCUCAAUCCUGCUCGUGUUGUCAGUGUCAUGCGUCCCUUCAUGGGUAGUAUCCAGCACCACCAUCAAAGCUGGCAUCCUAAUUCUGGUACUAACGCUCCAAUUGCCAAGGAGACUCAAAUGGCUGAGGUUUUGCGCUUGUGUGUUCGCCUGAUGGAUGACAGUGCACUGGAAGUGCUGAUAGUCCCCUUCAUUGAUCUAAUUCGAGCUGGAAGUGGACUUGUGGGUAGUGGAGGCAGUAGUGCUGGAGGUGGCUCACGUGGUGUACUUGCAAACUCUGCUGCUGCUGUGGCAACUGCCACUUGCACUUUCCUUUCUCUUCUUGCUCAUGCUUCUGCGCCUUCCUACUCGGUGCAAACCACUAAUACAGCUGCUUCGAGUCGUCAUGUUAAGAAGGAUGAAUCCAAUGGUGGCGAGUCGGAUGUUUCAAAGCCUCGUUCGGCAGUCUCCGCAGCUCUGUCUCAACACACUGGCAAACUGAUGGCCGCGAUUCUCGGUGCUUUGCCCACUGCUGGUCGACACUUGGACAGUCUUGGUCGCAUGACAGUGCAGGAGGAAAUGGCCCAAGCCCUUGCCCUCCUUAUGCGUUUUUCGAAGGAGUCAAGCAUUGCAAAGGUUUUCCAACGUGUUUGCUCCUGGUUCUUGGAAACCGGCACUCCUAGCGGUAGUGCGGGUGGUGGUAGUCACACAGCAGCUGCUGCUAGUGCCUCGAAUCAAUGGGCAUGUGUCCGAGUUAUGCAUGCUAUUGCCCGUUUCUGCCCCGACCUUAUUCAAUCUCAUCUUGGUCUUACCCUGCCAAUGAUCGUUAUUAAUGCUCUGGGUGAGGAUGUUUUAAAGCUUAAUAGCUUUUCCAAUGAUAUGUUUGGAGGAGAGCCGCCAAGUACUACUUUGACAAGUCUUCCCUUUACGCCGGCCACAGCUGUUUUUGACGAUGACGCAGUAGAGGAGCUGACACAACGGCGAGCUCUCUGGCAGGAGAUCAUGUCCGAGACACACCCUUCAGGUCGUGUGGAAGACUUUGUUGCUGGCAUGAUGUCAAACAAUGUCAUCAGUCAAAUCGAUCCCUCGUUCACCUCAGUUAUCUACUCGAUUAUUGACUUAUUCAGACAGCCUAUACUCAGCAACUUUAUUAGCACCCUCUCUGAUGCCCUGAUUAAGUCGCCAUCUUGGCUUGUUCGAAAUCAGGCUGCUUUGACACUUCUCUUCUUCGUGUAUGUCGUCGAUGCUAUGCCCAUUUAUCCCAUCAAUGUCACUCAAACAGUUAAACUAGCCGAUGCUGCUGACAAACCGUCAGAGGUAUCACCUCCAUCCUUCUCUCCUUAUCAAACAGGCUAUGAAAGUGGGUCAGGGGGUCCUGAUAAAAACGAAAGUGGGGGUGGAAUUGACGGUGUUGGAGAAGUGAAAGGAGAGACAGACAAGCAGCGACAGGAGGAAGACGAGGAGCUCGAGCAGAACGAUGAUGACGAUGAUAGCGAAGAGAAUGAUGAUGAUGAAUAUGAUGAUGGGGAAGAAGAAGAAGGAGGAGCUGUUUUCACUUUCAUUGUCUGGUGUGAUCUAGUAAAGCUCCUGAUCGCUGCUCUCAGAGAUACGGGCACUUGGAGUGGAAAGGUCUAUCUUCUUCGGGCAAUGCGAGUGCUUUCUAUUAUUACAGCGAAGAACAACUUUGCUAUGAAGAAUUUGCCUAUUGUCGAUGAGCUGUGGUCUACACUAGCUCGAGAGACACGUUCAGGUCGAACUGAACACGCCGGCGUCGCCUACCAAAUUGAGGCCUUCUACGCUCUUGCCUUCUUUGGAGAGUACAGUAUGCGUGACGCUACUGGACUGACAGAAUUUGAUGAGACGGGCAAGGUCAAAGAUGAUCGUCUUACUCGUCUUCUUCAUAUCAUCCUCCCCAACGGGAUCCCUGCAAAUGCUUUCGAAGGUGGAGAACAGCAGUCAUCGAAGAAAUCCAAACAAUAUCAGACAGAGUAUACGAUUUCGAAAGAAUUGCCUGAGUUGGAGCUGGAAUUAGCUAUCAUUGCUGUUGGUUUAAUGUGGCCUGUGAAUGCUAAUGAAGAUGCUCAUAACAAUCGAUUGGUUGAUACAUUGCGUCAUUUGGUGUAUCUUUUGAGUCAAGGGGGAUGGAGAAUUCAAUGUGCUGCUCUAAAGAGCAUCUAUAAUCUGCUUUCGAAGGCUCGAAUAACUGGAGAGGAGUUGCUGAAGAGGGUUCCUGAGAAAGGCAGCAAACAGAUUGAGAUACUCGGCAUAAAAGAAUUGGUGAAUAAAUUGAGGCUCUUUGCAGAUAACACAAAGGCCCCCAUUCUACGAGAUCAAGUACUGGAUACUAUUAAAGUCUUGAUGAAGUACCCAGCGAUUGUUGUUGCGGUAAAAAGACAGUUGACUGACAUGCUUAAGUCUUGGGAUAAUUGUGAGGAUGUGGAAAUGAAGAAUUAUGCAACAAUGCUCUCUAAACAUCUUCUGGAAAUGAAGUAG